AACCAGCGGGUUCGGUUCCUUCGCAGCCCUAGCCGCUGCGUUUCGACGGUUGCAACCCCACCAGUCUCCUCACCCCGAUCCCCCGUUAUCGGUCGCAUCCCGGCACCCUCCAUCUCCCCACUUCCCUCUCCCCCAAGCUGUCAACGUUUAGGCUCCGGCGCUUCGAUCAACUACUUCAACCUUUCGGAUCAACUCCGGCGUCCCGAUCAUCUCCGGUCAAACAUGGUGUUUAAGCAUAACAAACAUCCUUUUGCUGACAUUGACCCUAACCAGCUGGCUUAUGAAGACCUGAGACAAUUUGAUUAUGACGGCCAAGUUGCUUCUUUUGAGGAAAUUUCUUCAUUUAGAGGUAUUCUGCAGAAAUCAGUAACUUCAGAUGGAGAAAGGGAGAAUGCCUUCACCAAAACUCAAGGUGAAUUGAGGGUAGGAGGUGAUUCCAGUACUGUUAUCUCUGUUGUCACAAACAAGGAAUAUGAGAACAGGACUGCUGAUACUACAAAUGAUAACUUUGCACCUGCUCUUGGAGAUACCUCCAUUAUGGUGGGUGUGUCAGGUAGCACCAGUGAAGUUGUCAUGUCAGAGCAUAGCAAACGGCCUAUGUGUGAUGAUGAAGCUUACCGAGUUGAAAGCAAGCGCCCAAAACAAGUAUAUGAAAAUAAAAAAUUGGAUUCUUUUCCAGAAUUUCCUUUUAGUACCUGCAAGGAACUACUUACUUCAGUUGCUUCUGACAGGGAAUUAGGGAAUGAAGAGGUUGCUGCUGUUCCUGAGGAUCCUGCUAAAAAGGCAACCAGUAGCCACAUGCCAUGGAUCAUAUAUAGUAGAAGUGAAGAAGUAACAAAUUUGGACUCAGGUGUUAGUGUCCAUUUUCUUCCUAGUUAUUUGGAAGAAUACCAAAGAGCACAAGGGUUCCAUCAAGUAGAAGAGCUCUAUUCACCCCUUUUUGACUACCUUCCUCGAAAGCCUGUUGCUAUUGGAUCAAAUCAUCAAGCUGAUAUUCCAGAGUGGAGAUCACGAGAUUUUAGGAAUUCUUUUAAGGAUUCAGAUGAUUGUGUUUCAUCACCUUUGACCUCUAUGACAUGUUCAUCAUCAGCUGUUCAUCAUAUGAUUGAUGAAGAUGAUAGUGAUAAAUGGGUUGGAACUUGUGUCAUGCCAAUGCUCUAUUCUGACUCUUUGGCUUCGGAAAUUGGAUCUAUGCACUGUAAGACGGAUUGUAGCUGCCUGGAUAAGGGUUCCAUCCAAUGUGUGAGACAGCAUGUUACAGAAGCAAGAGAAAAGCUUAGGAGAAUGUUGGGAGAGGGCAGGUUUGAAGAGUUAGGUUUCAAUGACAUGGGAGAGGAUGUGGCUAAGAAAUGGACUGAAGAGGAGGAACAGUUGUUCCAAGAAGUUGUCCUAUCCAAUCCUGCAUCAUUAGGUAAGAACUUUUGGAACCAUCUACCCCAGGUGUUACCCUCUCGAAGCAGUAAAGAGCUGGUCAGUUAUUACUUCAAUGUAUUCAUGCUUCGGAAGAGGGCUGAACAGAACAGGUCAGACCCAUUGAAUGUGGACAGUGACAAUGAUGAAUGGCAAGAAAGUGAUGAUGGUGAGUUUGCAACAACAGAGGAAGAUGAAGAAGAUUCUGUAGUGGAAUCUCUUGCAAAUCAAGGUGAUCCUGCUUGUGAUAAAGAUGGCCCUGAAGCAACAGACAUUAAUGAAGAUGCUGACGAUGAGGAUGAGUGUGAUGACUAUCCCAUUGCUGAUAAGAAUGAGGAAGCACUCUGUGGUAUUUCUGAAAGAUGUGUCAAUAAUAAGUCAAAAUUUUGUUCUACAGUGCAGCUUAUUGAUGAGAAAUUACAGAAUGGUGUGGAGCAAGAUUUUCGGGAUGAUUCUUGCAUGUCCUAUGAGGGGCAGCACAAUGGGGCUGACUCCUGUGGUGGUGCAGCAGACAAUCUCGACACGCAGCAUAGUCUGAUUGAGGACCAUGAUAACCUGCUCGAGGAGUACAGGAAUGAUGGUGCGAGUGAUAUGACAGAUCAUGAGUUCUUUGAUGGUCCUUGUGACCCAAAAACAUGGGAUAUCAAUUACACCCAUGGUGCAGGGAAAGAUGAUUUUUUGUCAACCUGUAAUGUGAUUGAAGAAGUGUUUGGGAAGGGAGCUUGGGAGAAUGAUGCGAGAGACAAUCAUGGUGUUAGCAAGCCUUGACACUUGUUGUGGGCACUGUGCUGUCCUGCUCUCAUCCGCAUAUGGCUUGGCUUGUUGCCUUGCGGUCUCUGAAGUAGAUAUGGUUAUAUAUGCUGGUUGGUUCAGUCUUUCCAAUUGUCCAUUGUACAUUGAUGAAGAAUGGCAGGUCUGCUUUGUUAAGUUAGUGUUGAAAUAUGAGCUUAGUUGUGCUUCCAUGAGGGGACCUAAGAGAUUGCUCUCAUGGUUUGCAUCAUCUGUGAGUUGUAAUAUCUUUUUAUUUGUACGGCAGCCCUCAUCUUUCCAUCAUGAUCACCUUUUACGUGAGGGGGGCAAUAUGUUGUUUCAAACUAGACAAAAUUUAGUGGUUAAUUUUACAUUUAUCCGUCUAAUGAAGCUCUAUUGCAGAAAUUUGUUAUUGCUAA